AUGUGGUUCAAACGAAAGACUUCUUCAUCGAAGGUAUUGCAACCGCAAAUCGAUGAAACACGACGCUACAUCGAAGAACUGGAGAGUGUGAUCGCCUCUCUGCAGGAUCAGAGACUACUGGAAGAGAAGUUCAACAAUACGAUAGUUGCCAGGUUAGAGACUAUUGAAACACAGCUACCAAUGGGUCGCCCGGAAUACCGUUGGCCCGCUCGCACUCGCUCGGUGCCAGUUUUCCCGCUAAAAGCUAGUUUAGUAACACCACCUGUCGACGUUGAGCAGAAUUCAGAGGUUGUUGCAGUAGCCUCUGAGACGACUGGCGAUGCUGAAAUUCAGAAAGACGAAAACGACUGCGAUGGAAGCACGAUUAUUGCUUUAGAUUCUCAGGAACAGAAAUCAGUCACGAGCAACGCUGUCGACGAAGAUACGGAUGGCAAACUAGAGAUGCCAGCAAGCGAAUUUGUGCUAUCUGUUGAAGACACGUCCAGUGCCGAGAACCGGAUGAGUCUGAUCUCGACUCCGGCCCACCUAGUCAAGUCUGGCGCGCUACAGCGAGCUAUUGCGGAAGAUCUUCCAGACGAGGCUACUAUUCUCAGCCGCAUGACAACAACCACACAGGGGGAUGGACACGAACGCACUCAUAUACCAUUUCCAGAGGAAUCGCACAUGAUCGACCUGAUGUUGCUAUUUUCAGAGACUGUGAUGGUACCGUUUGUGGUCGAAGAACUUACUGAUAGAGAACGGGAGAUAGACGACAUAGUGAUUGAUCUACAAGUCGCCUGUACCCUGUCUAUGAGGAUUGUCUCGGCCUACUUCUCUAAUCUCAACAAGCUAGUAAAGAGAACCGGUUUACCAAAAGGAGAAGAGGCUACUUUUCGUGCGUAUACCGAGGCGACGAUCAAGACUAACUGGUCAAAAAUAUUUACCACAAACAUGAUAGGGCAUUGGUAUGAUGUAAAGUUUCCAGAAACUAUUUCAUCGGAUUUAUCAGACUUCGUCAUAUCAUUGUGCGCGUGGCAGUAUCUGUCCGGUGUGAUGGGAAGCGGUAUACUCAAACAUGAAUUCAACUUCAAUGAUCUCGGAGUGUCCACGUGGUACGACCCACUGGAGCACAAAGCUCUGCCAUCACAAGGACUCGGCUGGAACCUUCUUCAACCUGGAGACCGCUGCUCUAUUAUCUGGCCAGGACUGCAGAAACAACGGCAUGUCUCGAGAGUGAGGGCGAUUGUGGUGCCCCUUUUGAGACAGCACGAGUAUUACUCGCCCAAAACUUCCGCAAACCAAGUGGGAGAUGUUCAAACAAUGUCAAUGUCGGUGAUAGAUCUGACUAUAACACCCUCACUAGAUGCCUGUCUGGCUAAUUCACAUGCAACCAUGGACAUAGAUGCACUCACGAGUGCCACUAAGGUCGAGCACGAUGUCACGAGAACGGCGUCAAAGGACUCUGUCAAUACGUACACCACUGCCCCUAGUACACCUGACAUGGGCACCUCGCAAACCAAACACGCAUAUACGUUACCCAUACGGCAGCGGACGAGAAGUUCGGUAGGCGAGUCUGAACAGGCCCUGUCUCCGACAACUGCACGCUUGAGACAGAACACCUGCGUGUAUCCCAUCUCGUGGUACCUUCAACAAGACGAAGAGGGGAUCUGGCCGGAAUUGAUCCCCGUGGUGGUACCCCCCGUACCAGACAACGAGGCGACGAGAAGACAAACGCUAUUCAAGCACUCGCACGUGGUCAAACCUCUCGCUGUGGGCAGGCCCGAUCGUAAGUACUCUAAAGUAGAAGAUCGAUCUAACAACGGGGGAGGAGACUGGGCCAAAAUGAAGACUAUCAAACGAGCGCGUUCGGCCAUCAGACAUGGCGAGCGUUCCCAUGGUUACAGCGAGCCCAGCGAAGAAGAGAAGAGUACGCUUAUGCUCUUCAUGGGCAAUGAAGCACCCAGCAAGAAAACUAUACGUUCUUGGCUGUCGCGGACUCCGUCUUCCGGCAGAAAAAAGUCCGCCAAGCCCGCCAUGAUUCGGGGUGUAGUGCACUAUUGAGGGGUUGGAACGGCAUCGAUUGUAACCUAUCUAUUCAUUUAGCAGUGGCGAAGGAGUCGGGC